CGGCGGCGGCGGCGGGGACUGAGCGGGGGAGCUCGGCGGCCGCUGCGGGCCAGGGGCCAGGCGGGCGCCAUGGGCCGCCUGCACUGCACGCAGGACCCGGUGCCCGAGGCCGUGGGCGGCGACAUGCAGCAGCUGAACCAGCUCGGCGCUCAGCAGUUCUCGGCGCUCACAGAAGUGCUUUUCCACUUCCUGACCGAGCCCAAAGAGGUGGAACGGUUUCUGGCUCAGCUCUCGGAAUUUGCCGCCACCAAUCAGAUCAGCCUUGGCCCACUCCGAAGCAUCGUGAAAAGCCUGCUCCUGGUUCCCAGUGGUGCCUUGAAGAAGAGUCUCACGGCAGAGCAGGUCCGGGCAGAUCUCCUGACUCUGGGUCUCAGUGAGGAGAAAGCCACUCACUUUUCUGAAAAGUGGAAGCAGAAUGCCCCUGUCCUUGCUCAGUGGGCCAUAGGCCAGACUCUGAUGAUUAACCAGCUUAUAGACAUGGAGUGGAAGUUUGGAGUGACGUCGGGGAACAGUGAACUGGAGAAAGUAGGAAGUAUUUUUUUACAAUUAAAGUUGGUGGUUAAGAAAGGAAAUCAAACUGAACAUUUGUACCUAGAAUUAACCUUGCCUCAGUUCUACAGCUUCCUGCAUGAGAUGGAGCGAGUCAGAGCCAGCAUGGAGUGUUUCAGCUAACUUCUGUCCCCCCGCGCCCCGGGACCCCGACUGCUCUGGGAGGCACCGCCCUCCCGGCCUUGGGGGUGCUCCACGCCGCCUGCUGGCUCCUGGGAGUCAGGUGCAGAGGCUCCUGAACAACCCCGGGAUUCAGUCCUGGCUCCCCUGUAAAGACGUUGUCAAGGCGACACUGCCUGUCUCCCAGGACGCAGCGAGGUGCUCCCACAGGCUGCUCACCCAGGUUCAGGGCAGCAAGUCAACUGCCGCCUCCCCAUCCAAGUCCUCAGAAAGCUAAAGGUGCCAUCUCUCGUGAUGCUACACGGAUAACCCCUGUCCCCAGAAGCAGCGCUCCUUGUGGCUAAGGAAGAGGCAGUCUGCGUGAGUGACAACGGGCAGUGCCCCCCGGCCACUGGAUGUCUCCUGCUGGUGCCUUGCCAUUGGUUUUUAAUGAGUCACCUGUGUCUAGAUCUGUGAUUGGUCUCUGAAAAGAACGGAGGCUAAACUCUGCCCCCACUUCCGGUGUUGUCCAAUGGUAUUGUAGUAAGACAGGAUGUUGAGGCUGCUGGAGCUUGUUUCGGUUCAGGCUGACCACGUCUCGGUUAGAUGAUGAAUAAAAAGCUGGUGAAGGUCUUGGCCCAGUUGUCUUCGCAUGGAUUAGAGUCACCUGCUCCUCAGCUGGGCUGGGGCUCCUCUCCAGACGUCUGUCCCUUGUUUCAGUGGAAGCCCAGGGCGUAGGGUGAAACCCGCUGCGGUCCGAAGCUGGAAUCUGUGGGAGCAGCUCCCGGGGACCAGGCUAACAGCAUCCAGAUGAGCGCUUUGUGCCCUGCUGACUUCAGCCCUCCUCCUCCUUGCCUCUCCCCCAGGCCUCAGAUACUUGACUUUUUAAGAGAUGAUGCGUGCCUUCAACUCAGAAGAUUCGGUGUAAAGUUAUUACUCCCCGCCCCUGCUCCCUUUCCCCAGUUCUCUUCCCCAGGGGCAGCCAGGAUUUUUUUCUGUGCUCUGGAGACAAUUGCUGCAUUUGCAAAUACAUGUGCGUAUACUUUGA